AUGCUGCCUUCUUCCACCACCUCCCAAUCCCCUCUCCUACUAAUAUCCGCACUAUUAUUCCCACUCUUACUCCACACUCUACCCGCCACCACCGCCGCCUCCUCCUCCUACCCCGACUUCCAACUCUUCCACCUCCGCUCCCAAACCACCCUCCACCACCGUCAUGCUCCUCCGACCAACACCACCACCACCACCAGCCGCAGGCUGGUGCUCGACCUCCUCCACCGCGACCAGCUAACCGCAUCCAACUCCACCACUACCACCAACAAUAAUCAAACACACCAUCACGAGCUCUUCCACGCCCGCAUUCGUCGCGACGCCUACCGCGUCGCGUCCCUCCUCCGCCGCCUCCACCCCGAGAACGACAACAACAACCUCCGUCCCCUCGAGUUCGGGACGGAGGUUGUCUCGGGGAUGGAGCAAGGGAGCGGGGAGUAUUUUGUCCGCAUCGGCGUGGGGUCCCCACCCACGAGUCAAUACAUGGUCGUUGACUCGGGCAGCGACAUCGUGUGGGUCCAGUGCAAGCCCUGCUCCCAAUGCUACCCGCAGUCCGACCCGCUCUUCGACCCGACAAUCUCCGCCUCCUUUUCCGGCGUCUCCUGCUCCUCCGCCGCCUGCGACCGCCUCGCCGCCGAGACCUCCUCCACCGACUCCGACCGCUGCCGCUACGAGGUCUCGUACGGCGACGGGUCGUACACCAAGGGAACCUUGGCGCUCGAGACGCUGACCUUCCACGACUCCGCCGUCGUCCACGACGUCGCCAUCGGGUGCGGCCACAGCAACAAAGGAAUGUUCGUCGGCGCCGCCGGUUUGCUCGGGUUGGGCGGCGGCUCGAUGUCGUUCGUCGGCCAGCUGGGAGGCCAGGCCGGGGGCGCCUUCAGCUACUGCCUCGUCAGCCGGCGUUCCGGAUCCGGGUCCGGAUCCGGGAAGCUCGAGUUCGGGCGGGGAGCGAUGCCGGUGGGAGCCACGUGGAUCCCGCUGGUCCGGAACCCGCGGGCCCCGAGCUUCUACUACGUGGGCCUGUCGGGUCUCGGAGUGGGCGGGGUUCGGGUGCCCGUGCCCGAGGACCUGUUCCGCCUCACCGAGCUGGGUGACGGCGGGGUGGUGAUGGACACGGGCACGGCCGUCACCAGGCUGCCCGGGCCCGCCUACGCGGCGCUGCGCGACGCCUUCGUCGCGCAGGCCGGGGACCUGCCCAGGACGGGUUCGGGGGUGUCGAUAUUCGACACGUGUUACAAUCUGAACGGGUUUGUUUCCGUGAGGGUGCCGACGGUGUCGUUUUACUUCUCCGAGGGUCCGGUGCUGACUCUUCCGGCCAAUAACUUUUUGAUCCCGGUGGACGACGGCGGGACUUUCUGCCUGGCGUUCGCGGCGUCGGCUUCCCGGCUUUCCAUAAUUGGUAACGUGCAGCAGCAAGGGAUACAGAUCUCGUUCGACGGCGCGAACGGCUUCGCCGGCUUUGGUCCCAACGUUUGCUAA